GAGAAAUUCUUCAUUCGUGAGACAAAAAUUAAUAUGUUGACAAAUAACAUAGUAGUAAUUGACAGUAAAGCAGAUUUGAUUGAUUUGAAAUAGGCAAAUAUUGAGGAAUAAGGUUUCCCAUUCAACAGACAUUUACUCAUACUCUCUUCGCAAACGGACAUAACAUUUCUUUAUUUAUUUUUCUUUAUUUCUGUUCCCAUCCUCCACUGUCUCUCUCUCUCUCUCUCUCUGUUUUAAAACUUUGCACUGAUCCAUAUAUUUCUCUUAAAACUCACUCUUUAAUAUUGCACCGUGCCCUUUAAGCAAAUUUAGCAAUUUGGCUUCCUUUUCCUUGCUUCGGUUGUCUUCUUUUCCUUGUCUCGCAUAGAUUUCUUGCCAACUACUGCAAAGACGAUGAUGGCGGGAAAUGGACAAGUAUCGGUUCCUCCGGGAUUCCGAUUUCAUCCGACGGAUGAAGAACUUUUGUACUACUAUCUCAAGAAGAAGGUCUCUUACGAAGCCAUUGAUCUUGAUGUUAUCAGGGAAGUGGACCUCAACAAACUUGAGCCUUGGGACCUCAAAGAUAAAUGCAGAAUUGGAUCUGGUCCUCAAAAUGAAUGGUAUUUCUUCAGUCACAAGGACAAGAAAUAUCCAACAGGAACUCGAACAAAUAGGGCAACCACGGCUGGGUUUUGGAAAGCAACAGGACGAGACAAAGCCAUUCAUCUCAGCAACUCUAAAAGGAUUGGCAUGAGGAAAACCCUAGUGUUCUACACUGGACGUGCUCCUCAUGGUCAAAAGACUGAUUGGAUCAUGCAUGAGUACCGUCUCGAUGAUCACAAUAUGCCAGACCUUCAGGAAGAUGGGUGGGUGGUAUGUAGGGUGUUCAAGAAGAAGACUCAAAGUAGAGGUUUCUUAGCAGAAGUUUGUCAAGAAGAAGAAGAGCAUGCAAUGGAGCCCAAACACAUGAAGGCUAGUUCAUCAAUGCACCAACCACUCUAUGACUACACCUUGGACGGUUCCAUGCAUCUACCUCAACUGUUUAGUCCAGAAUCAACAAUCCCAUCCUUUCUCUCGCCUCUCUCUUUGAACCCCAUGGAUAUUCAGUGCUCCCAAAACUUGCUCAGCCUAACAUCACCUGGACUCCUGCAACCGGAGAGGUUCCCCGGUGGCGAUUGGUCGUUUCUUGAUAAGCUUCUUGCAUCUCAGCAACCCCUUGACCCAACCAAACCUAACACUUCUUCCCAAUUUGCUGAUAUGGCUCAUCAUCACAAGUUCCCGUUCCCAUACCUUGGCUGUGAAACUGACUUUAUGAGAUUUUCCAAGUAAAUUUUUUGCUUAUUAAUUACCCUAUGUGUUGUGGACACAACAAUUCAUGUCAACUCUACUUGCUUAAAUUUAUACUCCUUCAUAUUUUAUAAUUCCUUAGAUUUGCAAUAUCACAAUGUAUAUAGUCAAUUAAUUAUUAUUAUUUUCCAACA